GAAAUGGUGGUGGAAACUCCAACAUUCCAGGCAGUGAGUGGAGGAAACUCCAACAUUCCAGGCAGUGGUGGAGGAAACUCCAACAUUCCAGGCAGUAGUGGAGGAAACUCCAACAUUCCAGGCAGUGGUGGAGGAAACUUCAAUGUUCCAGGAAAUGGUGGUGGAAACUCCAACAUUCCAGGCAGCGGUGGAGGAAACUUCAACACUGGAAUGACCAACAUUCCAGAUAGUGGUAGAGGAAGUUCUAGCGUUCCGGGCAGUGGUGGAGGAAACUUCAACGUUGCAGGCAGUGGUGGAGGAAGCUCCAACGUUCCAGGCAGUGGUGGAGGAAACUUCAACACUGGAAUGACCAACAUUCCAGAUAGUGGUAGAGGAAGUUCUAGCGUUCCGGGCAGUGGUGGAGGAAACUUCAACGUUGCAGGCAGUGGUGGAGGAAGCUCCAACGUUCCAGGCAGUGGUGGAGGAAACUUCAACACUGGAAUGACCAACAUUCCAGUCAGCGGUGGAGGAAGCUCCAACGUUCCAGGCAGUGGUGGAGGAAACUUCAACACUGGAAUGACCAACAUUCCAGUCAGCGGUGGGGGAAGCUCCAAUGUUCCAGGCAGUGGUGGAGGAAACUUCAACGUUCCAGGCAGUGGUGGAGGAAACUUCAACGUUCCAGGCAGUGGUGGAGGAAGCUCCAACGUUCCAGGCAGUGGUGGAGGAAGCUCCAACACUGGUGCAGGCAAGAGAGCUGGUCUGGCUGGCGUUAACUUGACCACUGGAGCAGGAAGCGGAGGCAGCUCACUUACAGGGGAAUUAAAUACUGGUACUGGUAACAGAGGAAAUAUUGCAAUUGGAAAUUUUAUCUCUGGAACAGGCAGCAGCGGAGGUUCUUCUGCUGGGAGUUUAAACCCUAUAAGAGGGAGCAGUGAGAAUGGUCCAGUCGGAAGUGUCAGUUCUGGAACAGGUAGUGGGACAAGUGGAAGCAACAGUGGUGGAGUGGGUAGCAAGCUAAAUACAGCGUCUGGGGUGUUCAACGGUGGGCGAGGCAGCAUCAUGAUCGCAGGGGUACGUGUGCCUACCAGUGGCAGUCCAGGUGCCCUUGACGGCUCUGCUGUGAGUAACACUAACUCAAACAGCUUUGUUGGCAAUGGCGCACAAACUACCAAUGUGAACAAUGUGCAACAAACGCCCGGGGCUCCUGCAGGCGUCAACACCCAGAGGAUACCACAGAACACGCGGGGGGGAAGAGGUGGUGUUCGGAACUUAGGCAACGGAAACAUACGCAUGAUGGUGAGAGAAAGAAAUGUAAAUGCACGCACCGCUGUCCAGAGACCUGCAGGAGCGACCCCUGCCAACAACAGGAACCCUGGCAGCGUUAUUCUAAACCGUGACGGCCAACAGCCCACACCAGGCGGAGUGAACACGCCCACUGCUGCUACAGGUGUCCAGACCCAAUCAGUGAUGGCGGGCACACAAGCAGCAGGGAGCACUUCUCUCGGUGAGAUAGUGUCUCCACAAAAAAUUGGAAUCUCUGUGAACCCGACCAGCCACAACUGGGAAGGAAUGAAAGACGACAGUAGCCAGGCUGCGACAGUGUCAGGGACAGUCAGCCGUACUGGUGCUGCUCCUGCCACGGACAGAAGUCACACUCAGCGCCCCGUGACAUCAUCCCAGGCAGUACCUAGUGACAGUGACAGUGAUUUCGCCGUGUUUCCCCCGUCUGGUGAUCACGUGACUCCCCUACAGGUGAUGCGCGGGUUCUCGGUGCAGCGCGGGGAGGUGGUAGCACUGAGCACCAUCAGUAGUGACAACCCGGAGAUAGCCGUCUUGAGGCCCGACCAUGACGUUGUCUUCCAUAUAAGACCAAAUGCUCCCGACGGCGGUGUUUCACUUAUAAGACGUCCAAACCAGACUCCUCCACCACCUCCAACACCACCGCCACCACCACCGCCACCACCACCACCGCCACCACCCCCAACACCACCACCCCCAACACCACCUCCAACAGCACCAGGCACCAGCAUGCGUUCAAGAAGGAUCGACUCUUUGCGGGAGAUGAGUUCUCGCAGGCAACGGGGGAGGACCUCGAAGGUGCUGAGACGCUGGGAACACAUGGACGAGGGAGGUACACUGUCCCGGGGCCUCGUGAGGAGUGACGGGUCCUUCUCCUUCUCCAACUGCCGCCCCCCGGAGGUCUGCGCCCUUAGUGACGCUAGCGGAGGCUGAGACACCAAGUUCACGUGACAGUUAAAAUGUUGUGUAGGUGUAACGCUCACCCCUGCCGCUAUCAGUGUUAAAAUGGUGCUAUGUUAAAAAGUAGCCACAUCAUAUUACAUACGAACCAAACGUUAUUUACACCGUGAAGAAGACAGUUAACGAAGCCAAGGAAUAAUACAGUUUGUGUUUGAACCAGAGACCAACAACACGAGUCAAACACAUAACAUACACAGGAAAAAAUCACAUAAACAAAACUAACCACAAAUUGAUUCAUCUUUUAUAACGAAACAAAUGGAACACUAAAUCUGUCUUUGUCUCCAUGGUAACGAAAUGACUCACACAGUUAUAAUUUCUUUGAUUCCUGGAUCUUUUAACACCAAGUCAAGGACAAGAUAAAGUUUACAGGUGUAGGAACAGGUGUGUGGGGACAGGAGGAGGAAGGUAACAGCUGUGAUAAGACGACGAUGCUUGCAGGUGUGUAGACCGAUGAGGGUGGGGGUGAUGCGUGCAGGUGUAGAUCAAAGUGCCAUUCAUGACCUGUGAGUGCCAGUGUGGACCUGUUGUGGACCUGUGUGGACCGGCCAUCAUGAAGUAUUACUAGUGUGUAAGAGUGACUCACCUGCUGACUCAUGACUCCUCAAAUGACUCAUGACUUAACUGAAUCAUAAAUCAUCUACUGACUCCUGACAACUCAUAUGACUCAUUAAUCACCGUUUGAUUCAUUGACUAACUUUCUUAUGACUCACCUCUUGACUCAUCAAAUGACUCACGAAUCACCUGUAUCAUGACUCAUAAUUCACACUAGCCUAUUGUGUAUAUAUUCAUGAAUAAUCUGUGCCGGAAGUAUGUCUCCUGAUGGGCCCCCCCAGUCCUGAGGGGCCUAUUAGAACAAAAUCCCAUUAGGACAAGGGCCCAUCAGGACAAGGGCCCAUCAGGACAAGGGCCCACUCAACCCACAAGCAUAUUAAGCUGUGUCAAGAGAAGCACCAUGUACAUAGACAUUACUAAAAGAAAUACACAUUAUCUCCACAAAACACUCACUCUUCCCCCAAAAAAUACCUUCACGAUUUUGAACGAAACAAUAUGACACAACAGACGAAGAUUUUUGACAACCCUAAAGAUAACAGGAGUCGUAGUGUUCAUUUCGAAAUUUAUCAGUACCCCUCCGUAAAGGUACUUUUUUGGGAGGGCAGGGGUGAGUGUUUAUACUUAGUAAUACAUAUUUAUAACUUAAGAGCUGACAUAUUCAUCAUUUUGUAUUAAUAACAAAACCAUGUAUAUUUUUUGUGUUGUAUAUUAUGUACAAUUUGUGAGCUUCCAGGCGAGAUGUGUAUGUUUGUAUGUUUUGUGUAUAUGUAUGAAUAUAUGUAUAAACUAGUCCAAUCUGC